AUGCACGGCGGCCACGGAAAGGGCCGAUCGGGCGGCGGCGGAAGCCAACGGACGAGCCACUCGCCCCACGCCGGCCAGGAAGCAGGGCGGGCGGGAGAAGCGGACAGCGCCGGGAGCGACCACGCGGCCCACGCUCAACAAGGCGGUUAUGGGACUUUUGGCGGCCACGGAGGUCAUGGGGGAUUUGGCGGUCAUGGAGGUCAUGGGGGUUUUGGUGGUCAUGAAGGUCAUGGAGGCUUUGGUGGACAUGGAGGUCAUGGAAGCUUUGGUGGACAUGGAGGUCAUGGAAGCUUUGGUGGUCACGGAGGUCAUGGAAAUUUUGGAGGGCAUGGAGGUUUCAGUGGCCACGGAGGUCAAGGAGGAAUGACGCACGAGUCGUUCGGGAGCGGCCACGGCAUGAGCUACGGGGGAUCCGGAUCGUACACUGUGACUCACGUGGGACCCGGCGGUCACGAGAGCCACGGGGAGUUCCACUCGGGCCCCAGCUUCCACGGCCCGGCGCACGCCGGCCACGGGGGAUCGGUGACGUACGUUCAGCACGGAGGCGGCGCGGACUCCGGCGGGGCGUACCACGAACACACCGCCGGACCACACGGAGCGGACCACGCGACGCACGUGGCGCGAUCUGGAAGCUUCGCGCAGGGCCACGGGGGUGCCGAAGUGACCGAGAUCAUCACUUACAGCGAGGGCAACGCGCCUCCGGUGACCUACGUCAUCCGUCGCGGGGCGUCCGAAAGCCACGGAGAAAGCAACGCGCCGAGCCACGGAGAAAGCAACGCGGGGCACGACAGCCGCGGCGCCGGCGCGAAGCGCAGAAGCCAGACGGGCAGCGACGCGACCCGCGGAGAGACGAGCGGGGCCGCGGCGAAAAGCGCCGGCAAACCGCGAUCGGGGUCGACGAGCCGUCCGGCUGCGACGACCCCUUCGCCCAAAUCCGACAGGGCGAGCGACGCGGGGGCCCGGGGACACCAACACGCGGCCGGUCACGCGGAUCACGAUCACCAUCACGAGGACGAGGAGGCCGCGCCGGACCCGGCGGCUCACGCGGCCACGAUGGAGGCUCACCACGCGCGCGUGACGGCGACCACCACGCCCAGACGGCCGGCCGGGCCGCGCGCAGGCCAGGACGGAGGCCACGAGAGGGCCGGCGCGGACUCCGGAAGCGACGCGGGCGCGAGCGGCGGCGCCGAGUCGGACGCGUACGAAACGACGUACGAGGAGCGCGUCGUCACCAGGGUGAGCCGCAGCGGGCCCGGGGGCACGGAGACGGUGCGCACCACCACUCGCACAGUCCCGGGGGUGAAGAUCGUGAUGUUGGCGGGCACCCUCAACUUUGCCACCAAGCACUUCGUCAAGCCUCGCAUCUUCAGCCUCGUGGGGAUCGACGCCAACGCCAUCUUGGAG